CUCUCUCCCCUUCUCUCUCUCUCUCUCUCUCUCCUCUCUCCCCUAUGGCGACCCACAACGAGCCCAUCUACGGACUUUCAGAAGAUGAAGAAGAAUCCCGUAUUCUCCGAGUCAAGGUCAUUUCAGGCAUUGAUCUGGCGAGGAAGGACAUCUUUGGAGCCAGUGAUCCUUAUGUGAAGCUAUCGUUGUAUGUGGCUGACGAGAACCGAGAAUUGGGGUUGAUUCAGACCAAAACUAUAAAAAAGACACUGAAUCCAAAAUGGAAUGAAGAAUUUUAUUUCCGGGUCAAUCCCCAGAACCACAGAUUGCAGUUCGAAGUGUUUGAUGAAAACCGACUGACGAGAGAUGAUUUCCUGGGACAAGUUGACGUACCUCUUAACCAUUUACCGGCAGAAAAUCCUGCCUUGGAAAGACCGUACACUUUCAAGGACUUCCUGCUUAGGCCAAGGAGAAGGCGUGUUGACUCCCGUUUCACAAGAUCACAAGAGAGUCACAAAUCCCGGGUAAAAGGGUUUCUGCGAUUGAAAAUGGCUUACCUGCCCAAGAAUGGUGGUCAAGAAGAAGAAACUCCCGAACAGAGAGAAGAGUCUGAGCGCGUCUGGGACCUGGUGGAUCCCAAUGACUCAAGUUCCCAGCGAGAGCAGCACUCGCCACCUUUACCGCCCGGUUGGGAAGAGAAGACCGACAACCUGGGCCGAACCUACUAUGUGAACCACAACCACAGGUCCACGCAGUGGCAGCGACCGAGUCUUAUAGACGUUGAAAAUGAGUCGGACAGUAACAUUCGUCAGAUACAGCAAGAAGCUCACAGAGUCUUCCGGUCUCGUAGACACAUCAGCGAAGAUCUGGAACCCUCAGAAAACCGAGACAACAGCGACCUUUGGGAGACCAUCUCUGAGGAGGCCAGUCUGAGUGGAGAGCCACUAUUUCUGCCCCUCCCGGAAUCGCCAACAGACGAACCUCUGACCAGCCCCCCCGACAUCUCCGACGAGCUUAAUGUGAGACUACAAGUGGCUGCGGAAUCCAACGGGGAGCCGACGAGCCCGCUUGGCGACGAACCUCUGGCAAGGUUGCGCUCCGCUAGCGUGACAGAUGGCAUGGGAGAGCCGCCUGCAGCCGCCAUGCAGACCAGCCCACCUCCAAGACCUCGUUCUUCAACUGUUACAGGUGGUGAACAAUCAAAUGAACUGACGCAGUCAUCAGCAGCCUACGAGCUCACAACCCCUGGCUUACCACCGGGGUGGGAAGAGAGGAAAGACACAAAGGGACGUUCCUAUUAUGUAAACCAUAACAGCAGAACUACCACUUGGACACGGCCGAUUGUACAGCAUGCAGAUGAUGGUGCUCCGGUUCCCACAGCCAACAGCAGCCACUUAAGUGAGCCUCAGAUAAGGCGUCCUCGCAGUCUCAGCUCACCCACAGUAACUUUGUCAACCCCGAUUGAGGGCGCGAGAGAUUCUCCUCUGCGCAGACCUCCGAAGGACACCUUCUCCACCCCUCAGUCCCCGCAGCUUUCACCCUACAAUUCACCAAAGCCCCUGAACAAGGCUUCACAGAGCUUCCUGCCUCCUGGCUGGGAAAUGCGCAUUGCUCCCAAUGGCCGCCCGUUCUUUAUCGACCACAAUACAAGAACAACGACAUGGGAGGACCCGCGGCUGAAAUACCCGGUGCAUUUAAGAACGAAAGCAGCUCUGGAUCCGAACGAUCUCGGCCCCCUCCUCCCUGGCUGGGAGGAGAGGGUUCAUUUAGAUGGAAGGUCGUUCUUCAUAGACCACAAUACCAAAAUCACUCAAUGGGAGGACCCAAGACUACAAAACCCAGCUAUCACUGGGCCGGCUGUGCCGUAUUCCAGAGAAUUUAAGCAAAAGUAUGACUACUUUCGGAAGAAACUGAAGAAACCUGCUGACAUACCCAACAGAUUUGAAAUGAAGUUACACCGAGGCAACAUCCUAGAGGAGUCGUACAGGCGGAUCAUGUCCUUAAAGCGGCCCGACGUGCUCAAGGCCAGACUUUGGAUAGAGUUUGAGUCAGAGAAGGGGCUCGAUUACGGAGGCGUCGCAAGAGAAUGGUUCUUCCUUCUAUCCAAAGAAAUGUUCAAUCCUUACUAUGGGCUCUUUGAAUAUUCAGCCACAGAUAACUACACACUUCAGAUCAACCCAAACUCUGGUCUUUGUAACGAAGAUCAUCUGUCUUACUUCAAGUUCAUCGGGCGAGUGGCUGGGAUGGCAGUACAUCACGGGAAGCUACUUGAUGGUUUCUUCAUCAGACCAUUUUACAAGAUGAUGCUUGGCAAAGCCAUCACUCUGAAAGACAUGGAGUCAGUGGACGGUGAAUAUUUCAAUUCUUUGAGAUGGAUUCUCGAGAAUGACCCAACUGAGCUGGAUCUCAGAUUUUGUAUAGACGAGGAUAAUUUUGGACAGACUUACCAGGUGGACUUGAAACCCAAUGGUUCAGAAAUGGUGGUCACCAAUGAAAACAAGAAGGAGUACAUAGACUUAGUCAUACAGUGGAGAUUUGUAAACCGGGUACAAAAACAGAUGAAUGCCUUUAUGGAGGGUUUCACAGAGCUCAUUCCUAUUGACCUAAUUAAAAUAUUUGAUGAAAACGAGCUGGAGUUGCUGAUGUGCGGCCUCGGCGAUGUAGACGUCAAUGACUGGAGGCAACACACAGUCUACAAGAACGGCUACUGCGCAAAUCACCCAGUCAUUCAGUGGUACUGGAAGGCGGUAUUAUUGAUGGACGCUGAGAAACGUAUCCGAUUACUACAGUUUGUCACUGGAACAUCAAGAGUGCCUAUGAAUGGAUUUGCCGAGCUCUAUGGCUCGAAUGGUCCUCAGCUGUUUACAAUAGAGCAGUGGGGAACUCCAGAGAAGCUGCCGAGGGCUCACACAUGCUUUAACCGACUGGAUUUACCGCCUUAUGAAACAUUUGAAGACUUGAGAGAGAAGCUCCUAAUGGCAGUGGAAAACGCUCAAGGAUUUGAAGGAGUGGAUUAAACAGCAGACGGGUCGAGCGGGGAAUGGCCGUGUCUUUGGUUUGUGUUUUAAAGAUAGGAACUUUACCGGUGAUAUCAUUGCACACUGACAUUGGUACAUGGAACAAAUUCUUCUCUGCCAAUUCUUAUUCCAAAUUUCUGGAAGACUGGAAGAUUGAAGCCUAUAGAUAUUCCUUCUAGACACACGACACAUAAUGAGGAAUGGACUAUGUGUGGACUAGAAGUGUAUUUCAUUAGGACUUAACAAGUGUAUUAAAAUUGUGUCCUUAAACGGCACAACAUAGAUAUUUUACCAACUUUGUAAGGAAGUGAAUGGAACCUCACUUUUACAGGUAUAGUAUUAUCACUUUGUUUACUUAAUUGAAUGCAAAUUAUCAUAUAUAUAGAGAGAGAGUGAGAGACAGAGAGAGAGUCUUGCGUUAUAAUACACAUUUAAAAGGCACGAAUAAAGGUUUGUCUUGUACACCUGCUCGCACACAAACACACCACACACAACUAAACACACUCGUGAACAGCUAUAGUAUUGCAGUGUAUCUGCACUGUGAAAUAUUUCCGUGCCUCUUACGCUCCGGUAUAUAUGAACAAAAAAAGGCAAAGCCAAAUGCGAAUUUUUUAUUAUUAUUGGUAUAAUUUAACACUUUCCUGGAAAUUAUGAAAACUCUUGAGAUGGCUGACAUUUUUCUUUCCUCUUAAUAGAAUUGUUACAAAUGAACUUUGAAGUGUCUCAAAACAAAGAACUUGCAGCAAACGUCUCCUGCUUUGUUUUUUAAGAUGAGUGCGUCAGUUUCCUUUAGCUCAACGAUCGAUUGAUCCACUUGAAUAUAUUAUGAGAAAAAGUCUGUACAGAAAAGUUAGUGUACAUAAAUAAGUAUUUGAGAUGUUUUUUUUCUUUAAAAAUCAAACUACAGUAUAAGCCCUGAAUGUGUGUGUUUUCUGUGAGGAGGAUGCAUUGUCUUGUUAAUGAAUAUCCUUUGAUCUUGUGUUAGAGAGAGAAAUUAGGAGUCCCAUAGCAUUGUGGUUAGAGCGCCAGUCUCGCAAGCGAGAGGACCUGAGUUCGAUUCCCAGGCGGGGCUAACCCUUGGGCAAGUUUCCUCACUCCACACACAUCUGUUCACCUCGCAGUAAGUAGGAACCCGGUUGCUAGUCGAAUCGGAGUAUCACUUUCCGGGAGUAACGAUCCCUAAAUAAUAAAUUUGGUCACUCAAUCCGUGACUGUGUGUGGGACAUUGCUGUGUGCAAUUGGCCACUGCGUAUCUCCCACAAGCUACACAGUCAAUUCACUUUACGGUAUAUUGUGUGAAGCGCUUUGAGGCGUCUUUGAGAUGCGAUAAGACGCUAUCUCGAAUGCUAGGAUUAUUAUUAUUAUAAAAGAGCACUGAGGCGGAAGAGUAACAAACGCUUGUAACAAAACUCUAACUCAGUUCCUUUCGAAUCUACAAUAGCUGAUGUUAUCAACAGCGCUAUGACGGUUAAAGUAACAAAAAAAGUCAAAUGCUCAAACACCUCUACAUCUAACGGCACUUUAUGCAUCACGUUAAGGUCAUAACCGAUCGAUUUGUUGUUUUUUUUAUUGAAUGUGAUCUCACUUUAUACUUGCUGCUGGUAACUGGAUGUGUUUUCCCUCUCUGUAAACCCGGCAAUGAAUGAUGUCAAAAAAAAACUGCAGAUCUGAGCCCAA